AUGAGUUGUCAACAUGAUGUAACAAUGACUUUAUUUUCAAGAGUUUUUUAUGAUGCAAAAUUAUUAGAAGAUUUUCCAAAAAGUUUACGUGAAGAUAUUAGUAAAGAUCAUCGUGGAAGAUUUUAUGAAGAUUUCUAUCGUGUUAUCUAUCAAAAUGAACGUUAUGAUGAUUGGUCACCACGUUUAGCAAAAAUCAAACAAGUACUUGUUAAUUAUAAAGAAGAUCUUCUGACUUAUCAUAAAAAAAAAUUACCUAAAGCUGAAGCUGAUAAAAUGCCUAAUGGUAUAAUAUCAUGUGCAGCUGAUGGAAAUUUUCUUGAAACAUUAAAUUUAUCAUCGAGUGUUAUUGAACGUCAUUUUAUUGAUCAACCAUUUGAUCGUCUUGGACAAAUGUCAUUAGUUAUAACACCUGGUGCUGGUGUAUUUGAAGUUGAACGUGAAUUAACAAAUAUGACUAAACAACGUGUAUUAGAUAAUGGUAUUGGAAGUGAUCUUGUAUGUUUAGGUGAACAACCAUUAUUUGCUGUACCAUUAUUUAAAUUUUUUAAAGAAAAUCCAAAUACAGCUGAUGACUAUCAAAUACCACAUUGGAUGAAUUUAAGUUAUUAUCAUCGUUCAACUGCUCCAUCAUGUUUUUCAAGUUAUAUUCCACGUUUACAAUUUGAUAAAAAUCGAAUCAAAGGUGGAAUGUUAGAUGUUACAAAUAUUAUGAAUUCAAUUCAAGAAGAUCAAUUCUCAAAACCAUUACAUAUAUCAAUGGAAGAAUAUGAUGAUCAAGUAUUUCGAACACAUACAAAACUAUUAACAAAAGAUAGUCAUCCAGAUAAAUCAAGCAAGAAUGAAAAUCGAGUGUCACGAAGACGACAUAUUACUAUGGGUCCUAUAUAUGCACAAUCAAUUGAAGAAGAAGAAGAUUCUUUAUCUGAACAAAAUGGAGUUUUAAUUGUUAAAAAUAAUACUCAAUUAACCCAUGAAUUUCAAGAUAGUCCAAGAUCUUUUAAUGUAAAUAUUAAAGAUGAUAUGUCUCUUUCAACUUCACAUGGAAUAACAUCAUCAAGUGUUACAAAUAAUCCUCAAUUUCAUAAUAUAUUUAAUCCAUCAUUCCAAAUUUUAUUUUCUAAUCCACAAAGUUUAUCACGUAUUGCAAAAAGUGCUGAUACAUAUUUUUUAUCAUCAAGUAUAUUUGCUCGUAUACAAGCACGACCUAAAGCAUUAAUAAAUCCAUUUGCACCAGCUAGUAUUCGAAUACCAAUGGCACCUGGAAGACGUCGAUGGGCACAUACAUUUCCUAUGGGUCCACAUAAAUUACCAUGGCAUUUUCAUCAUUUACGUCAAAAUGAAAAUACAAAUAAACAAGAAAUGUCUGCUGGUGUUACUACAUAUGCUCAUCUUGUACUUCCUGGUACAUCAAAAAGACUUGUAAAUGGUCUUAUAUCAAAACGACCAAGACAACGUGUAAAAAUACGUAGUGAUUCAUCUUCUCGACGUAAACGGUAAAGAUAAACGUAAUUUCACUGAUAAUAGAAGUACGCGAACUUUGUCCUCACGUGAAAUCAAACACGUUAUAAGUGUAGUUUAAGAGAGCGCCCAUGAGAGCAUCGAGUAUACAAGGCACUCGAUAAAAUUUUUUUUUUCGAUUUUUUUUGCUCAUUCAAAACUUCAAUAUCUAAAACUACUAACCCUAAAAUUUUAGCUUCUAAUACCCUUUCCUAUGAAAAGUUAGCCAGGACCAACUUUUGGCACUAUCGGGCCUUUUUGUGGAAAAAUAAGAAAAAAUAUUCUAUUAAAGACGUGCUAGCUUGCGUUUCAGCAAAUCAUUGAAAUUUUUUGUGAUAUACACAGGAAGAUAGAGAAUUGAAAACUGAAUAAAAUAAGCUAUUUUGAUAUAAUAUGAUCUCUAA